AAAAUGGUGCUUAAAUUGUUCACCAAGAAUUCUUCAAAGCACAUUAUAUAAAGCUGGUUUUGGGGAGUAGCUAUAUUACCACCACCACAUCAUCUUGAUUUCCUAAUCGUGUCAUUUGCCCUUUUGUGUAUACACCAGAAAACCUUCCUACUUGGAACUAGUUCAUUUUCUCCUUUCCUAUUUUCGUUUUCCUCUGUCAAUCCAUUUCUAAACACCACAAUGGCUGAAGCACUUGUGUCCUUCCUUGUAGAGCAGUUGGGUUCCUUCACCUUCCAACAUGUGGAACAACAUGUGAAACUUGUUGUGAAUGUCGAAAAGGAAGUAGCAACUCUUACCCUCAACCUCGAAGCUAUUCAAGCUGUGCUCGCGGAUGCAGAGAGGAGGCAAGUCAAGGAGAACAGCGUGAGACGCUGGCUCAGCAAUCUGAAAGAAGUGUCCUACGAGAUAGACGAUGUGGUGGAUGAGUGGAGCACUGAAAUCCUGAAACAACAAAUCGAGAACCAAGGUGACAGUGCUAUUGUACCUAAGAAGAAGGUAUGUUUCUCUAUUCCCUUCCGUUGUCUUUGUACUGGCCAAGUCGCUCAGAUAAUUUCUCGUCAUGACAUUGCUGGGAGGGUAAAAGAGUUGAAUGGGAGGUUAGCUUUGAUUCAUGAACAGCGAAAACAAUAUAAAUUUCGUCAAAAUGAAAUUGAAUUUGAGCAACCUGAACGAAUUAAAAGUGUUUCAGGUGUCGAUGAAUCUGAGACAUUUGGCAGAGACGAUGAAAGGAAUAAACUAGUAAGCCAGUUAGUGAGUGAGCAUAGUGAAGAAAGGAAGAAGCCUCUUGUCAUAUCUAUUGUAGGUAUGGGGGGGAUAGGCAAAACAACUCUUGCCAAACUAGCCUAUAAUGAUGUAGAUGUAAAGAAUUGUUUUCAUACAAGAAUAUGGGUUUGUGUCUCAGAACCCUUUGUACAAAUUGCGGUUGCCAAAGCCAUCCUUGAGGGUCUUAAUGUAAGUUAUGUCCCAAAUUCAAAUGAGUUAGAAACUUUUUUUCGACAUAUAGAGUCAGAAAUUGAGGGCAAGAAGUUCCUCCUUGUCCUAGAUGAUGUCUGGGACUCGAACCAUACAAAGUGGGAUCCAUUCCUGACCACAUUACAGUGUGGUGCCUCAGGGAGUAGGAUUUUGAUUACCACGCGAAUAGCUCAGGUUGCUAGUGCAAUGGGAACAACUAGUGACCACACAAUCGAUAUAAAGGAGUUAGGUGAAAAAACUUGUCGGUCAUUGUUCUAUCACAUUGCAUUUUUUGAUGGUGAGAGAAAAGAGUCUAAAAAGUUUGAAGAUAUUGGUAAUCAAAUUGUACGGAGGUGCAAAGGCUUGCCUCUUGCUGCUAAGACUUUGGGUAGUCUAAUGCGGUGUAAGAAGACACUGCAACAAUGGGUAGAUGUUUUGAAUAGUAAGAUAUGGGAAAUAGAAGUGGUUGAAAAUGAAGUUUUCCAACCAUUAUUACUAAGUUACUAUGAUUUGAAACCAUUGUCCAAACGUUGCAUUUUGUAUUGUGCUACAUUUCCUAAAGAUCAUGUGAUUGUUAAGGAUAAGUUGAUUGAAUUGUGGAUGUCACAAAAUUAUCUUGAAGUCAAAGGGGGAAAUAAAGAAAAGACAACAGUAGGUCAAUGGUGUUUUGAGAACUUAGUAACGCGGUCAUUCUUUCAAGAUUUUGAGGAAGAUUUUGAGGGGAACAUUAAAAGUUGUAAAAUGCACGACAUCGUGCAUGACUUUGUGCAAUAUUUAACCAAGGAUGAAUGCUUUAGUAUGGCGGUCAAGGGUGCUAAUGAGAGAAUGGAGUUACCGGGUGAUGAGGUCCGUCAUUUGUCUUUAAUGUUUGCACACGAGGGUACAUUUCCUGUUUCUUCUCUCAACUGUAAGAGUUUGCGCACUCUCACAGCUUUUGAAUCGAAACUUACUAGCAUUGGCGUAGAGUUGAUUUCGCAAUCAAAAAGUCUUAGGACUUUGAAGUUGAGUGAAAACUCGAUUUUAGAAGUUCCAAAGGAGAUUGGUGGAUUGAUACAUUUGAGAUAUCUGGACUUGUCUCAAAACCAUGAACUGAAGGAAUUGCCCGACAGUUUAGGUGAUUUAUACAAUCUGCAAACGUUGCGGCUUGUCGACUGCAGUGAACUUGUCAAAUUUCCCGAUGAAGAGGCAAUGAGAAAGCUAACCAAGUUAAAGCAUCUUUAUGUCGAUCGGUGCUGUCGUCUAAAAUCAAAAGGGAUAGGGAGGUUAACCGGUCUGCAAAAGCUAGAUGUGUUUCAUCUAAAUGGUUAUACGGGUGAGGACAAAGAAGGGACGUUGAAGUUGCAAGAUUUGAAAAACUUGAAGCAACUUGAAGGGAGUCUUUACAUUGCACAGUUGGAGUCUGUGGAAGAUGCGAGUGAGGGUGUAAAGGCAUGUUUGAGUGAGAAACAUCUCCUUCAUCUGGAUCUAGAUUUCUUAUGUCGCAAUGGAUGUGGAAAGUACAGGAGAGAAGAAGGGAGGGGCCAAAAUGAUAGAGAAGUACUGAAUGGGCUGCAACCACAUGGAGAUUUGGAAUCAUUGAGCAUCUGGAACUGCCAGCUGGCUACUUCUCUGUGUCCUGAUUGGAUCUUGUCUUUACAUAAUCUGACAAGGCUUGUGCUUGGGUUAUUUGGUAAUUGUGAGCUGCUUUCGGGUCCAUUUGGGAGAUUGCCGUCGCUUGAAUCACUUGAAUUUGGGGGGAUGUGGAAAGUGAAAAAGGUGGGAGUGGAGUUAUUGGGAAUUGAAGAAAGAGAAUUACAAUCAUCCUCCUCCUCCUCGUCUUCUCUUAUUUUAUUCCCCAAAUUGAAAAGCCUCCGGUUCGUUAGGAUGGAUGAGUGGGAAGAAUGGGAAGGAGUCCCUCCCCAGAAUAAUAUUACCAUAAUGCCCUCCCUAUCUUGCUUGGAAAUUAAUUGCUGCGACAAACUUGGUACGUUGCCCGACUUCCUGCGCAAGACACCACUACUACAGGGUGUGAUCGUCUUUGAUUCUCCAAUUCUGGGUGAUAAAGUCCGGGACAAAACAAGUGAGGAGUGGGCCAAGAUUUCUCACGUCCCAGACAUCCGAGUGAGGAAAUUCUGAUUUCAGGCCAGACAUCAAAGUGGUUGGUUGAUGGCAAGCUGUGGCGAUUUCAGGCGGCGAGUUGUUGAGUGGUCUUGUCUUCUAAAAGGAUUAUGAGGGUCAAGCCUCCAAGUUGUAAUGGCUGGAUUCCCUAAGACCGAAUGCCCCCAUCCUCAGGAAAUUACUUUGGCUCCCACAGCAAGCUAAAAGCAUUUACAAUGGCAUUGGAAUUUCAAGCUGAUGGUUGAUAUAUCAAGUAGUUUACAAUCAGGUCCUUACAAUCAGUUCUUUCUGUGGUUUAUUUCUCUGUCCUUGCCGGAUCCUCUUCCUCUCUUCUAUCCCCCAAGUUCACUUGCUUCAGGCUGAGUCCUUGAUCUUUCCCCAAUAUCUAGCAGGGUUGAAGAUCUAAGGCUUCUUCUGAUGCUGGAACCCAGCCCUCUAUCCAGUGGAAAUGUCUGUACUCUGUAGCUUUAUUUCUUCAAGAUUUGGAAAGGAAGGCUUGCAAGCAAACUCUUAUGUGGAGGGAAUAGGGAGGUCAGGUCUUUUUAGUUCUGAUGAUUGGAGUCCACUGACGAGAUGAUCCCCAACCGUCAGUACUCUUUGUGCUGUAUUGAAUAAAAUUUCCAGUCCCCCUUUGGGUAGUUUGGAACUGACUGUCUUCAUUUAAUACAGCUUAUAGACUACAGAGGAAUUCUUCACACUAUCUCGUAGUGUACUGCUGAGAUUUAAUCUAAAAGCAUUUACAAUGGCAUUGGGAUUUUCAAGCUGACGACUGGAUAUAUGCUUUGGGAUGUCAUCAUAAGAUCAUUCAACUGUAGUCCAGCUAGAGAAAUUGAACCACCUGCAAAACAGCAUUUUAAGUCCGAGGUUUAUCUAACAAUGAGAAUGCACCAUCAAGAAAACUCUGCACACAUUGAUGGAUUGAUGAGGUUCUUACUAGAGCAAGGCAUUUUGCUUCACGUAUCUCAGAGAAGUUAAUUAAGAGUGGAUGUGUCCCUGAAUUCCAUUCCAUGGAAACACUGGGGAUGACCCUAAAUGGCUUGUAAACAUUGAAAGGAAGCUAUGGGAGUUUGUGAUCAUGAGCCGUCACGCGAGGAAGUUCGACACCAGAUUGUUUCGUUGGUUAUAUAUUUGUACCUAGGAAGGAAAAUAUUUAAGGCGACUAAAUAGUGGUGAAAUUGAUACUUACAUCAUUCAUCAUCAGGAUUGUGAUGAUAUUGUUUGUGGCUAGUACCCAAGACUGUUCUGUUAUGCCGUCUAGAAAUAAAUUUUCUGCACCAGCACUUUCCACUGAACUGAGUGAAUGUACAAUGAUCUUCAGAGACAUUUGAAAGCUGUUCUUUCUGUGAUUUAUCUUGCUGUCCCUACCGGAUCCUCCUCUGCUCUUCUAUCCCCAAAGUUCACUUGGUGAUGUGGUGCUGAAAACCUAUACAGCAAUUGCACAAUACAUGAGUAGAGGUGAAACUAAAUUGGAAAGCAAAGCUACAUCUUCGUUUGGGAAUUCUUUUUAUGCCUAUCUCACUCUUGUAUGGUGGUAAACCUCAAACUGCAGAAAACCAAAGUUGCUCAGCCAGACUCCUUUAUGAGUAAACUGAUCUCUUCUCUUGAGGCAUCUGUUGUGUUCCUACAGAGGAAAUUAUGAACCCGGGUAUCAGUCAAUUAGACAUAAAAUUAGACAAAGUUGCUGGGUACGUCUCAUCUCAUAGUCUGUAGUUUGCUGUGGAAUUAAUCAAAGCAGAAGAUUUCUGCGUUGGUUCAGCCUGUGAACCAUUAAUUAUUUGCUUAGGUCAUCAAAUGCUUUGUAAAUAGAUGAUUUUGUGAUGUGGAUGAAGAGCAUCCUGAUUGAUUUGCUUGACCACCCACCGGUCCAGGCUGAUUAUUUCUGUUGUACAUCUUAUGAAUAACUUAAUAAAGUUUGAGGUAUUUCAUGAAAAAAUGAAAAG